AUGAAAAAUAAAUCUGCAAUAUCUGAUAACCAUUUACAUUUCCAGAUGGCAUGCCUAAACACAUUUUUUGCAUAUGUGCCUCGAGAGUUAAUUCGUAUAGAAAUUGAAAAAAUUAUGAAACUAAAGCAAGUCACUAUUCAUGCAUCAUCGGUAUUACCUUUCAGUAGACCUAUUUUCGUAGGUUUAACAGAAGAUAAAAAUGUUUUCAUUUUUGGAAACGACAAAACUUUAACGCCAUUUUCAAAUGUUUUAAACCUUUUAAAAAUCCAUGAAAAUUUUUUUAUCACGAACAGCUACCAACCUUCACGUUUAAUUUCAAAACGUCAUGAUGGCGUCCAAGACACCGCAACAUUUUUAAAUUUUGAAAAUUCUAAUGGCCCAAUGUUAUUGAAGACAAUUGUUAGUAAAGAAAAUCCAUUGUCACGAUUACCAACGGAUGCGCUAGAGUGUCGCGUUGUGGAGCAUUGUAUUCGAUAUAGUGAUCCGGAAAUGCUCAAGGCAAAAGCUGACGCCUAUAUAAAAACCAUCACUUUAAAAGAAGGACAUAAAAAAAAAGGUGAAACGAUAAAAGAUGUGGAUGGUUUUGUACAUAUUUCAAGAUCGCAAACACCGGGAAUUCUUAAUAGUCUGUGUACAAAUAAUUUUGGAAAAUUACCUUCAUCAACGAGUCGAUUUGUUACUUCGACUUUUCCAUCUUCGACGCAACAGAACAAGAGUAAAAAACGAAAAGGAGGACAAGAAGCUGAUUUUUAUAGAUUUCAAAUUCGUCAACAAAAAGAAGAAGAGUACCAUAAACUCAAGGAAGAAAAAGAAAUGGAUUUAGUAUUUUUACAAGAGCUUCGCAAGAAAAAAAAAUUAAAAUUUUAAAUAGUUUAAUAAAUCUGUAACAGCAGAAUAAGAAUUUUUUUUUUUUUUCGGCUUCC